CCUGGAGUGUGCAGAAGAGAACUCCCUGUCACGACUGUUCUGGUUAACCCGAAAAAUCCCAGCUGGAGACUGCCCAAUGUGACACCCACGUACAAGAGGUGUUGGAAGGAGAAUACCGGGGAGUAGAAGCCUGUCAGCCUGACCUCAGUGCCAGAGAAGGAUCAGAUUAACUUGAGUUCAAUCUCGUGACACAUAGAGGACAACCAAAGGAUCAAGCCCAGCAUGGAUUUAGGAAAGCUUUCUGCUGAGAGGAUCUGAAGGGCUGCUGAAGAGAGGAGAGAGGGGGAGAGAAAAAAAACCAGCAAAUAGCCAAGGCAGUGGCAUCUCUGUGGAUGUGGAAUAAGGGAGCAGCUCGGCUCCCGCAGAUCCCCGUGCUAAGUCGGGAGUUCCAGCUGUUCCUGCCGAGCUUCAGCCUGGCUGUGGGGACGGCGCCGGGCACAGGCACAGACCCAGGCUCAGGCUCCAGGCUCCUCUCUCGUCUGCCUCACCCCAGCAUCACCAUGGAGCCCAACAGCCCCAAAAAAAUACAGUUUGCUGUGCCCCUGUUCCAGAGCCAAAUAGAUCCCGAGGCAGCUGAGCAGAUCAGGAAAAGAAGGCCUACGCCAGCAUCCCUCGUCAUCAUGAAUGAUCACCUGCCCCCAGAAAAAGAUGAGAAGAGAACAAACAUCUCACAGGCAGAGUCGCAGAGCGCCUCUCCCAAGCAGAGGAAGCAGAGCGUCUUCACCCCACCUGCCCUCAAAGGGAUCAAGCACCUGAAGAGUCAGAGUGAGUCAGUGUUUCCAGAGGAAGAAGAGGCAGUCGGCGAGAGGGAAGAGGAGUGGGGCCAUUAACCAGCGCAGCUCCCCGAGCCCCGUCCCAGCCCCUGCACUGCCCCUCGCC